GACUUUUAAUUUUCAAAAGUCUUUUUGUGGGGUUGUUUGUCUUUUUACAAACCUUUUUCCCUUUGAAAAGUUCUGUCAAAAAUUAAAAGCUUUUCACUUUUUUUACCAAACACUUUCUCUUUCUAUAUCUCAUUCAUUCUUUCUUUCUCUAUUUCUGUGUUUUUAAGCUGUUUACAAACAUCAUAAGUUUCAACAACAACAACAAUAAUAAUAGAAAGAAACAUCACAAAAAUGAAUGGUGAAGGUGACAUGAGUGUUAAAGAUAACAAAAAUUCUAGUAUCAUGCUCUUUGGCAAGAAGAUUCCGGUGCCGGAAUAUCAUACUCCGGCGACAUCUCAAAAGGGUUCUCAGAUUCCGGCCAAUUCUACAACCAUGAAUGCUUGCAGUAACUCAAAGCAAACAAGAAUUGAAAUGCCUCAUACUCAAAACAUUGAGAAAUCAAAGAACUCUUCUAAAGAAGAGAAUGAAUCAAAAGUUACUACAAGCACUGUGGAAGAUACUAUGGAAACUAGCAGCACAGAUCAAGACAAAGUCCUAAAGAAACCAGACAAGAUUGUUCAAUGUCCAAGAUGCAACAGUUUCGACACGAAAUUUUGUUAUUUCAACAACUACAAUGUCAAUCAACCUCGGCAUUUCUGUCGAAACUGUCAUAGAUAUUGGACCGCAGGUGGAACAAUGAGAAACGUUGCUGUCGGUGCGGGGAGACGGAAGAACAAACACAUAGGUUCACAGUAUCGUAACAUGAUUGUAGCGUCCGGUGGAACUUCGACCGCAAAUUUAGAAACCAAUGACUCUAUCCAACAUGAUAAUGGUAUUAUCUUAAAAUUCGGUCUAGAUGUUGAUGCAAGUGCUAACAAUGGUAUGGAAAAUCGAGAAGAAUCAUCAUCAUUAUGUGUAUCUUCUGUGACCAACGGUUAUACUCGAGGAACCGAGUUAUCCGAAUCCGAACAAAAUAGGUCAAAACCUUUGCAGAGUUACCCGGCAUCUUCAUGGAUAAUUCCAUUGAAUCAAAGUUGGAACAAUGUUACUUCCAUGGUUCAAUCUUCUAUGCAGAUGUAUCCUACUACAAUGCAGUGGUGUCACGCGCCAAUGGUUGCGGUUACGAACAUUUUCACACCAAACAUUGGCUUGCAAUAUGUUCCUGGUUCAUAUGGAAAUGGAAAUGUUUCAAUUGGUUCAAAUGGUUGCAUUUCACCUUCUUCAUCAACUACUAGUAACAGUUUAUGUUCAGGUAAUGGAUCACCAAUCCUUGGCAAACACACUAGAGAUUCUGUUUUGACUGAUGAAGAGAAACCGGAAAUGGAAAUGCGUGUUUUCGCACCGAAGGCUCUUAGAAUUGAUGAAACAAAUCUUGAAUAGAUUCUGAUACUAUUUUACAUUUUUUUUAAAAAAAUUUAGAUCGGGGCGACACCUAUUGUAAGAUCAGGGAAUACCACAAGGAUUCAAGUGUAAUAUAUUUUGGUGGACUAAAUUUCUUGUGCCUAAAUUGCAUUGUAAUUUCUUUUGGGCAUAGUUUGUGCCUAUUUAGUUAAUUAAAUAUAUCUUUGCUUUAAAAUAAAA